GAUCUGCCACUGACAAAAUCAUACAAAUAUACACAGAGAAACAUCAUGAGGAGUACUACUGUGAUGGAGAGAAGCAAGUCAUUUGUACAGCCCCCAGCUUAUGGGAAACUGAUCACAGUUCUUAGCAUCGAUGGUGGUGGAAUCAGAGGCCUUAUCCCAGCUAUUAUCCUCGAGUUUCUCGAGGCUCAGCUUCAGAGAAUAGAUGGAGAGGAUGCAAGAAUAGCAGACUAUUUCGAUAUAAUUGCUGGGACGAGUACGGGUGGUCUCAUCACUUCAAUGUUAACGGCUCCGAAUGAAAACAAGCGCCCUUUGUUUGCUGCCAAGGACAUCAAAGACUUCUACCUCGUGAAGUGCCCCAAGAUCUUCCCUCAAGAUUGCAAUAUGUUUGCAAAGAUAAUAAAGAACUUAACUGGGCCGCUAUAUGACGGGAAUUACCUCCGCACCGCCAUCCGGAAGAAGCUCCAAAACACCAAAUUAGCAGAUACAUUAACCAACGUUGCCAUCCCGACCUUCGACAUCACGACACUCCAGCCAACGAUAUUCUCCACCUAUGAGAUGAAGGAUAAACCGCACUUGAACGCCAAGCUAUCGGAUAUCUGCAUUGCAACAUCAGCAGCUCCUACCUAUCUUCCACCACAUUAUUUUGAAACCUAUGAUCAUGAGGGAAAGCCGCAUAAAUUCAACCUGAUUGAUGGUGGUGUGGCAGCAAAUAAUCCGACUCUGAUUGCAAUGGGAGAAAUUGCCAAGCAACUCAUUCGCAGAAAUAGCGACUUCGACUUGUCACGAUCCCUAGAGUAUCGUAGAUUUUUGGUGAUAUCUAUAGGAACUGGUGAAUGCAAAAUGGCAGGAAAAUACUGUGCAGAAGACGCUUCGAAAUGGGGCUUGUUUGGAUGGUGGUUCAAUGCCAACGGCUCUCCGUUGCUUGAUAUUUUCACUCAAGCUAGCACCGAUAUGGUUGAUUUCCACCUUUCUGUCGUCUUCAAAGCUCUUGACAUCGAAAAGAAUUACCUACGAAUCCAGGAAGAUGGCUUAGGAAGGACCAUUCUUGAUAGAGCUACCCAAGAAAAUUUGGAUUGUUUGAAAAAAGCUGGUGAAGGCUUGCUUAAAAAGAAGGUUUCAAGGGUGAACUUGGAAACCGGCGACUUCGAAUCCUACAGUAAAGAAACGAACGAAGAGGCGCUCAUAGAAUUCGCGAAAAAACUUACCGAUGAGAAGCACCUUCGUGACAUAAACAUUAGAUCGCCACGAACACCAAUUCCAGGUCCACCAUCUAUCUUCUUAGAGACGAAGCCUAAUUUUGGGCCAUUCGAAAAACUAAGUACUGCAUAAAGGAUUGAUGUGUAGUUUCAACCGAAGUAAACCUACUGGUGAAGUAGGGUAAGAUUAAUUGCCUCUUGAUCCAGACUUGUACUCAAUUUGAUUGUCAUGUGAAAUUAUAUAUGAAGUGUUAUGUAUUGUAUUCGGUUGCCACACACUUAAUGUUUUUCGGUUUUUCUGAAACAUACGUUGAUUAAAUGUCGCAACUAUUCGAAAUAUAUAUUAAGUUUGAACAUGUGUUAAC